AUGGCUUUUUUAUGGCAAAAUCCAUUCAUAUUUUCUUCUUCUUCAAAAAUUAUUUCUUCUUAUAUUCAUUUUCUUAACGAUGAUAUAAAGAAAGAAUUGAGUAUUACGGAAAAUGAAUAUAAACAUCCUUUAUUUGAUUAUCCGGCUUUCUUAAGAGAAUUUAAUUAUAGAUAUGUGAAUCGAGCAAUAUCAGCAUGGUUAUCUCAUAAAAAACUUAUAUUUGGCUCAAUUGAUAAAGGUAAUGCAAAUUUAGCAUUAACAUCUUUAUUUCCUAAAUUAAUUCAUCGACAAUUUUCCCAAGAAUUUUGUAAAAUGUUGUUAACGAGAUCACAACAUAUCAAUAAUUUUAUUAUUGAGGAAGAAUCAGAUUCACGAAUACCUUCCGUAGAUAUAUUAUGUCAAGCCAUCAAUUCUACAACAUUAAAUAAUUUAUUUAGAUUAGAAAAUCUUACUUUAGCUGGAAACUUUAAUAAAUCAAAUAUAUUACAUUCUUUUGGUCAGGUUUCUCGAAAUAUUCAUUCUCUCACAAUUAUUGAAGAUACUCAAAAGGGUCCUUCCACUAAGAUAAUAACUCCUAUGGAAUCAAUGGCUGCUUUUAUUACUGUUCAAAACAAAUUAACCAAUUUUACUUUAGAAAGGUGUAUUUAUUUUACAGACAUUUUACCUGCGUUAGCUACACAAGCAGCUACCUUAACUAAUAUGAUUUUCCGGAAUUGUUGGUUUCGUUAUAAUAUAAUCGGUAAUGCUUUAUCAAAUCUUCGAGUUUGCAAAAAUUUGGUUUCUCUUAAAUUCCAACAUUGUCACGCUUUAAGCAAUGAUAUAUUAAAACCAUUGUCUGAAGCUUAUUAUCCAAAAUUAGAAAACUUUGAAUAUUCCCCCCAAUUUUGGUCUUAUUCCGAAUGGGAUGAGUUUGGAAGAAAUUUACCAAAUAAAGAACUUUCAUCUUUCUUAUCAUUUAAUGGUUCAAAUUUGAAGGAACUCAAAUUAGGAAACAUUUUUCAUUUUUGUCCUGAACUUAAUGAUGAUGUUGUCUCUUAUGGAUUAAAUCUUCGAACUCUUGAAGUUAGUAUGGAUCAUCUUGAAAAUUUAUUUCCCAUCUUGAUGUCAUGCACAAAUCUCGAACGAUUGGCCGUACCAAAAGUUUCCAUGACUUAUAGAUGUGAUUUAGAUUAUUUAUUACCUCAGAUCGGAAGAAAAAUGCCAACCAGUUUACAUCAUUUAGAUUUACGAGGUUGGUCAUUAACUCCGGGAGGAUUAAAAUUAUUUUUAAACGAAUUUGGCAAAAAUAUUUAUUUUCUCGCUUGGAAUGGAACAUCAUCAAUUAAUAAAUAUUCGGAAGUUGUUUCAGAGUAUGCUUUGAUUAGUGGAAGAGAAAUUGAAAAGCUUCACAUGCAAGGGGCUUGUAAUGAUGAUAAUAAUGAAAAUAAUCCUUCUGUAACUCGUCACGCGAUUCUUGUGAUAAAUUAG